GCGGAGGCGGUCUCGCGGCUUCCAGCGCUGUGCCCGCUGCUGUCGUUAGGGCUCGGCGCUGGUGCGAUAGCUUGUGAGAAAUUACCGUCAGGUGGUUAUAAUCAAACGGGGAAAAUAUCUUUAUUUUCAGGCUCUGGAUAUACAGACGGAACUCUUUGUUCACAUGGCAGCAGCAAACUCUACUCCACCAGGCUCUUUGGAUCUAAACCAGCCUGGAUUUUCAAAGGCGAUACUGGGAACUAAAUUGGAGGUCAAAUACCUCUGUUCGGAUUGCAAGAACAUCCUGAGGAGGCCAUUUCAGGCUCAGUGUGGACAUCGCUACUGUUCUUACUGUCUGAAGAAAAUCAUAAGUUCUGGACCUCAAAAGUGUGCAAGCUGUAUUCAGGAAGGGAUAUAUGAAGAAGGAAUUUCUAUUUUGGAAACCAGCUCAGCUUUCCCAGACAAUGCAGCUCGUCGGGAGGUGGAAAGUCUGCCUGCUGUCUGUAUUAAUGAUGGUUGCACGUGGAAGGGGACUAUUAAGGAAUACGAGAGCUGCCAUGAGGGGAACUGCCCGUUCCUGCUGAUUGAGUGCCAGGCAUGUAAGGGAAUGAUCACACUGAAUGACAAGGAGCGCCACUCUGAGCGGGAGUGCCCCGAGAGAAACCUCAACUGCAAAUACUGCAAAUCGCUUUUCUACUUUCCUGAUAUUAAGGCUCACGAUGAAGUCUGCCCUAAGUUUCCAUUGACUUGUGAAGGCUGUGGGAAGAAAAAGAUUCCAAGAGAGAAGUUUCAAGACCAUGUGAAGACUUGUGGCAAAUGUAUAGUGCCUUGUAGAUUUAAGGUUGUUGGAUGUGCUGAGAUGGUGGAAAAUGAAAGGCUACCAGAACAUGAAACCAAGUGUCUGGCGGAGCAUCUGUACAUGCUGCUGAGUUUUGUGCUUAGCUUCAAGAGUGGGUCUGGAGACCUGAAGCAUCUUCCUGCCCUUUCCUCAUCACAAAGUAACUCCCCACUACUGGCAGCAAACUCUCUGUGCUCAGAGUCAGAGCUCUCCAAAUCCAUGGAGCUCUCCAAGUCCCUGGAGCUCUUGGGAAGAUGUGAGGCCCUUGAGAGGAAAACAAUGACCUUUGAGAACAUUGUCUGCGUGCUCAACCGAGAGGUGGAAAGAGUGUCUCUAACAGCUGAAGCCUAUAGUCGGCAACAUCGACUAGACCAGGAAAAAAUUGAAUCUCUGAGUAACAAGGUUCGGCAGCUGGAAAGGAGCAUUGGGCUCAAAGAUCUGGCCAUGGCUGAGAUGGAGGAAAAGAUCCGCAACAUGGAAGCUUCCACCUACGAUGGUGUUUUCAUCUGGAAGAUAACAGACUUUGCCAGGAAGCGCCAGGAGGCAAUAACAGGCCGCUCUCCUGCGAUCUUCUCUCCAGCUUUCUACACAAGCAAGUAUGGCUACAAGAUGUGUCUGCGUGUUUACCUGAACGGGGAUGGCACCGGGCGUGGAACCCAUCUGUCCCUCUUCUUUGUGGUGAUGAAAGGACCCAAUGAUGCUCUUCUUCGCUGGCCUUUCAACCAGAAGGUAACUCUAAUGCUCUUGGAUCAGAACAACCGGGAGCACAUCAUCGAUGCUUUCCGACCUGACGUGACAUCCUCCUCCUUCCAGCGACCCAUCACAGAAAUGAACAUUGCCAGUGGGUGUCCACUGUUCUGCCCCGUCUCCAUGAUGGAAGCGAAGAACUCCUAUGUCCGUGAUGAUGCCAUCUUUAUUAAAGCCAUCGUUGACCUCACAGGCCUCUAGCCCUCCUCGCCUCCAGGAGCAGUGAACACAGAGCCAGCCCUCAUGGGGCACCCCCCUCUCGUGCUGCCCUGUGGGCAGGUCUUGGAGUGAGGAGGGGGCAGAAAGCAGAGGGGGAGAAGCCUAUACCUAGCCCCUUC